GAGGGAGUGCAUAAGGACUGUAUACACAUGAGUAGAGACACGGAGUGGCUGGCAGACUGACUGACUGACGGAACACUGUGGACUGUACUGUGAAGCCAGCAGAGUUAUGUACUGUGCUCAUCCUGUCUCAGGCACAGGCAGCAACUCACUGAUGUAUUGCUACAACAUGAAACCUAUUUACGGCCAGUCCCCCGGUAAUGACGACAUCAACCAGAACUUGUCUUUACAUCCGUCUAGCAAGGCCUCCAGCAAUGUAUUUGCCAGCACUUUUUUUGAGGGCACCAGCAAUUUGCCUGACAUCUGGAGUGCAGUAAAUGGGCUGAACCAGCACGGCUAUGAAGGUGCACUGGGAGUGGCCAGCAACCACCAAGCGCAGACGGGGAACUACAACAGUCUGCAACAGCAUGGCCACCUGGACUACUCUCCACACACAGUAAUGGCUGCAGACAUGAACAGAGCUCUCCCUCCUAUGUCCACUUUUCACCGCAACAAUGCGUCAUCACACACUCCUCUGAUGAACACAACAGAGAAUUCCACAGUCUCAGGGAACCAGACAAAUGGAUCAGGAGGGUCACAGACUGGCGAUACUUUGGGCAAAGCUCUGGCUUCUAUUUAUUCCCCCGAUCACACCAGUAGCAGCUUCCCUUCCAGCUCGUCCACGCCUGUGAGAUCUCCGUCCCCACUGCCAAACGCCAACGAACCCGCAGGCACCAAUAUGUGGCCCCGGGGCUCCGUACAGGCACCUAUCUCGCCACAUUAUGAGUCCUCACUUAUAUCCAUGUCUCAGGUAGAAGACCGACUGGACAGAUUGGACGAUGUGAUCCAUGUCUUAAGGAACCACGCUGUCGGUCCCACUGCUGGGUUCGCCUCUGACAUUCACGGACUGCUGAACCAGAACCACCAUGGCCGGCCAAACCCUGUGGGAACGCUGCCCCUCACCUGCCACUCUCCAGCCAUGGUUGAGGCUGUCACCAUGAAUAACAACCACUCAGCCUUCCAGAGCCGCACACAAAAUGGCCACCUGUACUCCGCCAAGCAGAGGGCCACACUUGAGCUGACAUCAGGAGAAGGCAGAGGGGCUUUGGGCAUUCCGGGGAAUGUGGAGCUUAAGAUGGAGAGCAGCGAGAGGGAAGACAUGAUGCACACCAAUCACAGUCACAGCUCCGACAGUCAGAGGUCAGACGAGGAGAGUGAACACAAGACGCAUGGAGAAAACAGUGCAAUGGACAGCAUCCACGAGGAUGAAGAUCUGAGUCCAGAGCAGAAGGCCGAGCGUGAGCGUGAGAGAAGGAUGGCCAACAAUGCUCGGGAGCGUCUGCGAGUGCGGGACAUCAACGAGGCCUUCAAGGAGCUGGGUCACAUGUGUCAGCUGCAUCUCAAGAGCGAGAAGCCACAGACCAAGUUGCUGGUGCUGCACCAGGCCGUGGCUGUCAUCCUCAGCUUGGAACAACAAGUCAGAGAGAGAAACCUCAACCCAAAAGCAGCAUGUCUCAGGAGGAGAGAAGAAGAGAAGGUCUCUGCUGUCAUGACAGAUCCACAGUCAAUCCAUGUCACCUUUCAUUCAGGUUUGACUGACCCUGCAAACCCAAUGGGUCAUCUCUGAAGCUCCGAAUAUAGUAGUGUGCAACACCCAAUUACCAAUGUGGACUUAAGUGCUUCCGAAAUGACCAUGAUGAUAUAUUUUUAUUACAAUUUGGUUGGUGAUACGGUGUUUAAGGCCCCAGCCGAGCAUUAAAUUUGAGUCAGCUAUCCAAUAAAAGCUUCAGUUCCUCAUAUAGAUCAACUUGUGAGUCUCUAUUUGCUAAGUUUGGACCAAAAGCAGACAAAAAAAGCAUUGAUGCAGUUGAACAAUCAUCUCCUCGCUUCUCUAACACACUUCUAACUUUGUGCCUAAACGUUUACUUCUAACAGACAAAUGCAUUGUAACCUGCAGAUGUUUUGUACAUUUUUUUUUCUAUAUUUAUUAUCUUUACCCAGUUGUGGCGAGGUUUCAUCUGCAGUUUGGCAGAGUAUUUAACAGUAUAUCACUAUAUCCCACAGUCACAGAAAUGUCCAUGUUUUUGUGUGCUCAGACAGCAGAUUUUAUUAGUUUUUUUGGCAUUGUGAGUGUGUAAGCUGCUGUAAGUACUGUAUGUGUGUUGCAGGAGUUGGACCAUUCUGUGAAUGAACAGAUCUCCAAGAAUGUUUUAAUUUGCAUUAUAUACAGUAUAGUCAAGCUGUUCUACUCUUUGGCACUAUUGAGAGGAGUAAACACUGGUGGACAAAAACGAAAUACUUGACAUCGUUCCUCUUCAGAGCUAACCAAAUUCUUCAUCUUUUGCAUGUGUAGGGCUUUUCAUUUUUCUAAGUUAUGUAAGUUAUCUUUUAUACAAAUAUUAUGAAUGUCUGUAAAUGCUUAUUUGGUCACUCUUGAUUUUACACAAGGGGAAUCAUUGUGUGCAGUUUUACUAGACACAGUUCAUGUUUUUAGAAAUAUGUUAACGCAAGAUUUAUUGUUUACCACAAAUCUUAAAGAGUCAUCAAUACACUGCUAUCAUGACAUGUACAGUAUGUGUACAUUUUUGAAGUAGCCAGGAGGCAUGUGUCCUGAUGUAGCAAUAAAUGUUUUUCUUGGGGCUUUUUUGUUUUAUU